AGAACUGAAAUACAACUCAAUCUAUAUGGAAUAGGAUUCUAAUGGUGCCAAAUGUAUAUCGCUUGUAUUCAAAUUCGAAAUCAAGAUUGCAUUACUAGCAUUGAUUGUAUGCAUCGUAAUUGCAUUGUGGCGAGAUAUAAGCAUCUAAUUUUGGCAAGGGCUCAACCGAGCUGGCAGAAAAGUACUGCAUUCAUAAAACUGUUUGCCAAUCAUUACUUCAGAUUCGAAGAUACUUGAAGAGAGGACCUCCUUUAUCCACGGCGCUGCAUCUUUAUCUUGUAUUCAAUUUUCUUGGACAAGACAAUCUUUAAAGUAUUUAAAAAUGGCGAUCAUCAUGAAGAGUUGUUGUUGCUUUGAAACGAUUGAGAAGGGAACGGUGGCUUCAGCUAUUUACUCUAUGUUGACAUCUAUCAUCGCAUUCGGAUGGGUAACAUACAGGAUUCAACCUCUUCAAACAUUAUUUCAAGAUAUGGAAGGGGAUCAUGAGAUGCACAUCCGAGCUAUUUAUAUUUCCUAUAUGGUAGCUGUCAUCUUAACUAUCUCUUUGGUCGCUUCGGCUAUGAUUCUUCUUAUAGGAACCAUAAAGGGUAAACGUUUCUUUAUGAUACCUUUCCUCAUCAUCAUCUUGAUCACCAUCGUCCUUCAAGUGCCCUUCACAAUCUUCUUGCUCUGUCAUUUUGUUAAGACCAACUUUGUGAAUCUAACUAUUCUGGUACACGUACUUUUCAACGUACCUCUCGUCUUUUUAAAUAUUGCAAGUUUUUUCUGUGUGAUCGCGAGGUUUCAGCAGUUAUCAUUCGAACCUGAAGAUUCAUCCGACUCUGACAUCGAAAGCCUGGAUGAAAUCAAGAUUGAAAACUUUAAUCGUCUCAGGAGAGAAUCUCAACAUAUAACGAUCUUAAAGAUACACACCACUGUUUGAGGCACCCUCGGUUUAUUGGCAGACAGACGCUCAUUUCGGAUAAUUCAGUGACGUUCUUGAAUGACGACUGAUUAUAGCAAGACAACAAAAACGAUGAUUACAGCCAUGAUGACGGCGACGAACGUGAUGAUGAUGUUGAUGAUGAUGAUGAUGAUGAUAAUGAUAAUUGGCAAAACAUAUACGUGAUGAACUUUUCGCGAGAUAUUGAAAUCUCAAACAAUUUAUUAGAAAUACUUUUAUUAUAAAAAAAGUAAUCAUAAUUCCUAAAGUGAAGUUAUGUGACUAAUAAUAGACAUUCAAAAGAUGUGACGUCAAUGCAAUACAUGUUUUUCUUUGGGAAAUAUGCUGGUUCGUAUCUUCCAAUGUAAUUCUCUUUUGCGCUCUCUCUUGCUCUUCCCCCAUCUGCUGCGCGCACUCCCCGUUUCUCCUUCCCCCUCUCUCGCUUUCUCUCUCACUUGACACUAUUUUUAUUAUGAUAUUCAAAAUUAGUCUGAAUUAUUUAAUGUAUUGAAUAAUGUGAUGAUUGCGAUUGGGCAAAUAUCAUGAGCAUGCUAUACAUACCGUCUUUGCGCUGUUGCUUCCACUGCCAUUUUAAAUCAUGUUAUUUCUUAGUAUAUAUAACCAUACGACACUGGCCUGAUGUUUAGGAUUACAUUUUGGCAUGGAUGCUCUGAAUUUAGGCAUAUAAAUAUGCAUCAUGUAUUAAAAAAUAUGCAGAUAAUGAUGCAGAUGUUUCCUAAUACAUUAGUCAGGAACUAUUUCUGGAGGGUCCAAUAUUUAACCCUUCACAUUCAUUGCCCUUAUUAUUAUGCUUGAUGAGUGCAUUAUGAAGGCCAAUGUUGUCGUAAAUAAUAUUUAUAUUGUAAUUAUAAUAUAUAAGAAAUAUUUCAUUGAAAUAAAUAUUCAUAUCUUGUUUAGACACGAUGUUACUUUUUUUCAAAUUGCAGCUUUACUGCCCUAACCCAACGUAUUAGUAUUGAAAAAAUGUGCUUUUAGUCUUGUAGAAAUAUUGCGAUGAAAAAUAAUAUAUUUGUCUUGAUAACAUGUUUAUAUUAUCCAUUAACAUUCAUGAUGAAUGAUAGCAUAUUGGUCUUUUUUUAGCAUUUUGUGCAGCUUACUCUGGUAAAAGUGCUUUAUAAGCCAUUUAGUUUUUAUCCAAGUGUGUAUUGAUUGUGUAUAAAUAUGUAUGGAUGUGUAAUCAUAAGUUAUAUUGAAUGAAUAUAUAUUUUUCAAUGUCCCUUUAAAUAAGUUACUAGUAUUAUCCAUUUAAAAAAGAGAACUGUGCUGCCUCAUCAGUUGAAAGUAUUAUACACAAAUGCCUCGUAUUUUUCGUAGCUGUUACUUCAUUUAAUAAAAUGAUCUGAAUGUAUGUGCAUUAAAAAAACUUAUCAUGUAAAUAUACCAUUUAUAUACCUAUUCAUUGUGAAUAUGUAAAUAUACUGUCUCUAUAAGAGGCAAGUUUUAGUUUAUAAACUGUAAAUAAUAAAAUGAAAACAAUGCCUC